AUGUCCUCAGCCAGUGACUCUGCAGCCAUCCAUCCCCAAAACAUUAACGGGCUGUCCAAUGGGUCUCUUCUCCAAAAGCAAAAUUUCGUUCAAGCAAACUCGGAAAGCUUUUCGGAAUGGUACUCCUUUGUCACAGCCCAAUCAGAGCCUCCGACUAUCGAUUGCAACAGCUUCGAUGAAUGGAGCUAUGAUAGUACUACGUUCAAUCAACAUUGUCCCAGUCCCAUUGCAUCUUCUUUAGGAUCCUCUAUCGUCUGGACCUCUCAUGCUGCCGCGGAGCCCCUUCAAUAUGGCUCUCUAUCUCCGCUCACCGAGACGCCCUUGAGCUAUUGGAACUGCGAACGCCCGCUUAUGCGACUCGGGGAAAUCUGUGUUUCUUCGGCCACCCAACCUUUCGCCUCACCGUUCUACACACAUACCGAAGCCACUGAAUCAUCAUAUCCGAUCCAGCACCAACCAGAUUACAAUCACACCAUUCGGGAUAAAAACACCACUUCACCGCUCUUUGUCAAUAACGCCGCCUCAUCCCGCUCUACACGAGCCUCGAGAUCGCGAUCACGUCUAAGACCCAAGACACUUCAUUGUCCCAACUGCGAAUUAUCAUUCGCGCGGGCCUCUGACCUCCAACGCCAUAUUGAUGGCAUCCAUCUUCGGAUACGACAUCAUUGCCGAGUGUCAGGCUGUGGGGAUAACGAUAAGAAAGGGUGGUGUAGAUUGGAGAAAUUGAAGGGUCAUAUGCAGCACGUGCAUGGCCAAAUUUGA